AUGAAAGGUAAAACUAUUGGCAUCGACGAACAAGCCGAUCAUCUUAGAAGUGCCCGCAUUCAAUACAAUCGUGACGUUUUAGGCUCUAUUAUUAAAACUAUUAUACUGGCAGGCAGACAGAAUCUUCCCUUACGAGGCCAUCGUGACGACUCAAAGUAUUUUCUAUCUUCUAAUCCUGGGAACUUUCAAGCCUUUUUGAAUUUUAGAGUAGACGUGGGUGACGCGAAACUAGAAAAACAUUUUGAAAAUGCAAGUAAGAAUGCAACUUAUCGUUCGAAGACAAUUCAAAACAAGCUGAUAAAGAUCUGCGGGGAACAAAUCAAAGAAAAGAUUGUUUCUGACAUCAAUUCUAGUGAAUGCCCAAUUUACUCAGUCCUUGGUGAUGAGGCAACAAACUGCAGCAGUAUCGAGCAGAUGCCAAUUGUUGUAAGGUAUGUUGACUCAAAGCAAGAAAUUAAUGAACGAUUUAUUAAAUUUGUUGAGUGUGAAGGUAUGACUGGCGAAGCGCUAGCGAAGAAUAUCGAAGAUACUUUAAACGAAGUUGGGCUACUACUUUCCAACUGUCGUGGUCAGUGCUAUGAUGGUGCCAGUGCAAUGUCAAGCAAAUCAAAGGGAGUUACUGGUCGUAUUUUAAAGAAAAAUCCAAAAGCUUUGUAUAUCCAUUGCGCUAGUCAUCGAUUGAACCUUGUUGUUACUAAAGCAUGUGGUGAGCAAACUGUCAAAAACAUGUUGGGGCAUGCUCAAAAGAUCUUCAGUUUCUUCAGCCCAUCCCCCCUACGAAUGCAGUGCUUGAGGCAGAAUAUGGAAAAGUCUGGGUUACGUCGUAAAAAACUAGGAGCUCCAUCCACAACGCGUUGGGUUGAACGGAUACGUACACUUGAUGGAUUUGUGGAAGCAUUUGUACCUGUUUGUCAAAGUUUAGAGUACAUGAAGCUCAAUAUGAAUAAAGAUUUUGAUAAUUCAAUCACAAUUAAAAUUUUACGCAGCUCGGCUGAUACAAUUCAUGACCAAUACUACGAAGAAGCAGUGGAUUUAGCAAACAGAACAACUCGUGAAAACUAUCCUGCACAUACAGCACGUGAAUACUACCGCAUGAAACUAACCAUCCCUCUUCUUGAUCACUUGAUUGAACAGAUGGAAUUUCGGUUUUCUUCAGAGGACGUUAAUUGGAAGGAAGAGUUUAUGAAGUUUGCUGUUGCAUAUAAAGAGGAUAUGCCACACUUUCGGAAAAUACAUGCUGAAUUAGGAUUGUGGGAAACAAAUUGGAAAGGGGGCUUUGAGAAAGUUAAGUACGAUUCAAUUGCCGACACGCUUCGAACUUGUAACAAACUUGCGUUUCCAAAUAUAUUUACAGCGCUUAAGAUACUCGCUGUUGUGCCAGUCACUACAUGUGAGUGUGAAAGAUCCGUUUCUGCCCUUCGUCGAAUGAAAACUUGGUUACGUAGCACAAUGAUCAACGAAAGGUUAAAUGGAUUAGCCCAAAUGCAUAUUAAUGAUGAUAUUAAGUGUGAUGUCGAAGAAGUGAUUAAUACCUUUGCUAGACAAAACCCAACGAGGAUGCAAUUUCUUGAUAUCCUGGAGGAUAAAGAAACAGAUGCUUGA